UUUUCUGGUAUGCUGAGUUGUUGUAGUUGUGCUAUGGCGAUCAAAACAAACGGACCGGUGUAAACCUGCUCUGUUUUCUGGUGUCUGAGGGUCGCAAUUUACAUUCCAAGCAUAUUUGUAGAAAUUCAGUUUACUUACAGUGUAUGGUACCAGCAGGGAAAAGUUCAAGAUGAGUAUGAGUGAGCAGAUGAAGUUCAUUGUUCAAGAGUUGAACAAGGAACCAUUCAACAAAUCGUACAACUUAAUCUCCUUUGAUUCCCUGGAGCCGCUGCAACUGCUACAAGUUCUUAAUGAUGUCCUGGCGAUCAUUGACCCUAAGCAAAAACUGGACAUCAGAGAAGAAGCUCCUGAUCAAACGGCCGUCAGGGUCUUCCAACUUCUGCGAGUGCUGAAAUACAAACCCCCGGACCAUGUGAACAUGAGUGAGUUCCGAGCGGGCCUGGUCCAGGGAGAGAAGCCCGUCAUUUUCCCUAUCCUGGAAUGGCUGUUGCAGAAAGUUCCGGAGCUUCAAAAGCGAGCUUACCUGGCCAAGUUCCUGGUCAAGAUCGACGUGCCUCCGGAGAUAAUGGCGGAGGAAGAGAUGUCUGGGAUAUUCCAGCAGUACGAGGAACUGAUGGAAACAUUCAAGGAGCUGCAUAAGCAGUCGGAGCAGUUGAAAAACUCGGGGUUCAACACGUCGGAGAUUCGGAAAGACAUCACCAAUAUGGAGGAGGAGAAGGAGCAGCUCCUUAAGAGAAUCGAGAGGCUCAGGAGAAAGGUGGAGUCCCAUCCCAACUCGCAGAAGAUGAUGACGGUGGCCAAAAACCUGCGGGUGGAGAGAGACCGAGAGAAGCGACUUGGGACCCAGAAACAAGAGCAGAUGACUUCGAUCUCACACUUGGAUCAGAGGAUCAAACGUUUGGAGGCUCAGUUGAGGGAUAUGAGACAGGCCAGUGUAGGGGCAACGCCUGAGUCCCUGAUCUACAAGCUGGAGGAAGAGACGCGGGCCAAUGGCUACAUGGUCAAGGAGCAGCUGCCUAAGGACAUUAUGCAGCGUGGCAAGAUGAUACAGAACCUGCAGAAGGUCGUCUCCGUGCCCGCCAUGGGCCAGUCUGACCUUGAGGAACUGAAUUCUCAGAUCAAUGAACUUAACGCUGAGGUGAAUCAGCUGAUUGAGAAGAGGAUGCGGAGCGGGGAGCCGGCAGAUGACAAACUGUCUUUGUUCAGGCAGCAGGCGGGCAUUAUCUCGCACAAGAAGGAGGCGGCCGCGGAGACGUUGCGAGCAGCGAGAGACGAGUACAAUCAGGCGCAGCAGGAACUGGAGCAGAAGCGAGAGAUGGUCAGCUCCACCGAAGGCGCGCAGGUCCUCAAGGGUGAAGACUUCAAACGCUAUGUGAACAAGCUGCGUAGCAAGAGCACCGUCUACAAGAAGAAACGUGCUGAGCUGGCCGAGCUGAGAGCUGAGUCGGGCGUGCUGAGUCGCUCUGAUGAGAUUCUCAAGCAGAGGAACGAACACAUCAACCGGCAGCUGUCGGUCGUUGAGCGGAAAAAGGGUGUGGCCGGCUAUCGUGAGACCCAGGAGGAGCUUGAGAAAGUGUCCAGCAUUAAGAGCGACCUUGACGAGAUGAAAGGUCGCACGCUGGACGACAUGUCGGAGAUGGUGAGACGUCUGCACGCUGAGAUUGCAGACCGCCGCAACACUUUGGCGCCCAUACUGAGAGAAAUCCGUCCACUCAGGGAAAAAGUGCAGGACCUGACCCCGGAGUACGAGAACAAGAAGCAAGUGUACGAGCGUCAACAGGCCGGCUUUGACAGCAACAUGAGCAAACUCCAGCAGGAGGUCAAAGGUUACCAGGAGGAGUGCAAGGCCGAGGAGUCACGCUACCACUACCUGCACUGUAUGAUGAAGGUGUUGCAGACGCAGCAAGCGAGGGUUGCUGCAGAGAUGAAAGCUUACGUAUCGUCGGAUGUACAGGAGAAGAAGAAAACCUUCCGAGAAACGUACUCUAAGAAGAUCCAGGAACAGGAGAACCUGAGCCGUGGUCUGCGGGAACGACAGAAGACAGUGAGGGAGAACCACGAGCCAAACAUGAAGCAGAUGAAGAUGUGGAAGGAUCUAGAACGUCUGCUGGAGUGUAAGAGGUCGUGUUUGGAGCAGCUGUCGAGCAUCGGUGCCAGUUCUGGCUUGAACAACAUGGGGGGCUACGGGGAAACAGCGCCCACACACCUGGAGAAGGAUAGGCUGGUCUUGUAAGGUUGUAAGAGGCACUCACUCUUAUGUACCGACACACACACACAAACACAAAGACACACACAUAUGCACUUAUACAUAUGCAUGCACACACACACACACACAUACACACACACACAAACGCACACACACACAAACACACACGAACACCUGACCUUGAACCCUGUUUUCUUUUACAUCCGUCCAUUUUGCUUUGUUUUUGCACUGCAAAUUAGCCGUCCAUUUUUGUGGGUAUGAAAGCUUUGGAUGCUGCUCAUUUGUUUGUAGUUGUUAGAAUAUUGUGAAUGGUUUAGUUCACAUGGUUUUUCUUUUUUUUUUUCCCUUGGUUUGUAUUUUUUUGUCUGUCUCCUGUUUAAAUGGAUGCCUGAUGUUGUUUAAGUGAAUUACAUGUCCUUGAUAUUGGGUGUGGUGGUUAGACAUUGUUAUGGUGGAAUAUCGCUGAAAAGGUACUGCUGUUAUUGCCUCUACUGAAGAAAGAUAGCAAUAUCUGCCCAAAAUGAUAAUGGUUUGACAAUGCCGAUGAUGAUGAUAAUGAUGAUGACAGUGAUGAUGAUGAAGAUGAUAGUUGACACAUUCAUGAUCAGUUGUAAUGUUUAUAAUUGUGUUUUGUUUAGGAGCUUUUAGUCUGUAUGUCGUAUUUACAUAAGGCUCAGGAAAUUGAUUGAUUAAUUUGUUUCUGGGUUUGCUUUCUGGGAAUUUUGACAAUUGACAUUUUGUCAGUGUCUCUCACUAUACAUUCCACAAAUAAUUUACAUAUAUAUAUAUGAUUUUAAUUGUGUUGAUGGGCGUGUAAAAACACCUACGUUUUAUUUUUUAAAAUGCUCCUUGAUGUCUUUAUUUCAAUAACGGCUUGAUCUGUACCCUCCCCCCAUUCAGCCCAAAAACUGAAUUGAAGGAUCUUGGAAUGUUCUCUGAUAAUGUGGAUGUUGAGAGACCUUGCUGGGGUUGGUCUCAUCUCAUCGCCGUCAUUCAACAUUGUCAUAUCUCAAAAUACGAGGUUUUUAGGAGUACAAAAAAAUGUUUUUUAAUUUGGCUCAAGACACCGUCUUUACAGAAAAUGUUGAAUUUGUUUCUCUCCUCUACUCUUUCAAGAAGAGGAAUAAAACUAGGACCAAUUGAUUCACCUGAGCCAACUUAAAACAUUUGUAACUGGGUUUGUUUUUUUCAUAAUGUAGAAUAGAGAUGAUGAAAUGCAAUAGAUGUUGGGAUUUAAGGCCUGGGCUUUCAGAUACGUUGAAUUUGUAGAAAUAGGAUUGAAAUCUUAACCAUACCACGGCUGUUACUGUCUGUGUACACAUGUGUCCAUGUGUGCAUUCAGUUACGGACUUUGAAGACUGAAAUAAAAACCUGUGAUAAGUUGUAUUCA